GCCUUCCAUUACAUCAUCAGCACGACGGGCUUGGUAAGGCAGUUGAGUCGCGGCAGCGGCAAUCGCGCCUGAAUAACUCUAUGCCAGACACCAGCAAAGCAGACGAAAAGACGACACCAACAACACCCACCAAGCGAGACAUACAGAACAAGCAGAGAGCGCAAAACACCAGACGACGCUACCCACCUCUACCAGAAAACCCCGGCCACACCCAUCCACGCUCCGCUCCGCCCUCCUCAAGCACAGACGCGGAAACCUUAUCCCGACGCCACGCCAAGCACGCAGCUCAGAAUACUGCCCCACAGGACCACAAAAGGAAAGUCGCGGGGAAGAUGGCGUGGGGCAGCGCGAUGACGGGGGCAGGUGGACCCGCUGUUUAAGGGAACUGGAACCCGAUGUCGAGGACUUAAAUUUGGUGGGUGUGGGCUGAAGAAGGCAGGUUGCGGGGAACUAGUAUAAGAGAGGAGUGGGGGUAGGUGAGAUUGUUGGUGAGGCUUGGUGGGUGGGUAUGGGGUGUAGGCGCAUCGGCAUGGAGUAGGAAAUAAGGCUGCUGCGAAAAGUUCACGUUUCUGUGCUGGGGAGGCAGCGGAUUCCGACUG